AUGGCGAAAGUAGACAGAAAACAUCCGUAUCUAACCGGAAACUUCGCUCCCAUCAGCACCCGACUUACCUCCAAACCCUGUUACUUCGAGGGUACCAUUCCCGAGGAAUUCCUGGGCGGCCAAUAUGUCCGGAAUGGCACCAACCCAAUCCAGCGCGACAACCCGCGCGGCUUCCACUGGUUUGACGGCGACGGCAUGCUCACAGGUGUAUACUUCAAGCGCAUCUCCGGACCAGCCCAUGUUCAACCCGUCUUUACCAACGAGUAUGUCCUAACGGAUAUAUACUGCGCGACGGCGCGAGACCGCCGCCUCUACCCCAUAAUGCCUAGCGUUGUGGCGUUAACUAACCCUGUCUCGUCUUUGCGAAUCAUAUAUGAAAUAUUGCGGAGCAUGGCUUUGAUCUUUGUGUCGAUUUGUGGCUUGAUUGCCCGGCCGAUCAAGAGGGUGAGUAGUGCGAAUACCAGCAUUUUUCAUCAUGAUGGUCGUGUCAUGGCAACGAACGAGAUUGGGCCUCCCAUGCGUGUGUUCUUACCACUGCUGAAAACAGUGGGCUGGUUUACCGUGCUAACCUGUCGCAAUGAACAGCCCCGGGUUGACCCUCAGACUGGGGAAUUGCUUCUCUUCCACUCAACAUUCAUCCCGCCGUUCGUGAACUACUCCAUCAUACCUGCUAGAACUACCGUGACACCGGAGUUUCGUCUCAAUCGGCCCGUGCCUGGCCUUGUUUCAGGGAAGAUGAUGCAUGAUUUUGGAAUAUCCCACCGACAUACCAUUAUUAUUGACUUGCCUCUCGAACUCGACCUGUCUAAUAUCACACAUGGAAAGCCGGUGGUCGAAUACAACCCACAGGGCCAAACGAGGCUUGGGGUAUUCCCUCGGCAUGUCCCUGAACUCAUUCGAUGGUUUACAACAGACCCCUGCGUGGUAAUGCACACAGUAAACUCUUGGGAUGAUAUUACACCUGGUGGAACAUGGGUGAAUAUGCUGCUUUGUCGCAUGAACAGUGUUGCGCCAUUCUACCAUAUGGGUAAUACAGCUGCCCCAGAAGCUUUGAAGCAACCUGAUCCACAAUGCCGUCUUUAUUACUAUGAGUUCCCACCCAGCCAUGAGGGCACAGCGUCGAUCUCCCAGCAGUGGGCGCUAUCAGCCAUUCCUUUUGAAUUCCCAUGUGUGCCCCAGCACCUUGAGAUGGACCCAACAAGCGCCUUCAAGAUUGACUGUCUCGUCAAAGUGGACGUGGAACAGCUUCUCUCACAGGGUAAGACCGAGCGUCUAUCUCCAGUGGGCGGCUGUGUAGACGAGCGCUCCAUUGAUGAAGUGCUCGCUUCAGACAACCCCGACGACCCUAUCAAGGUGUUUGCCUUUCCCACGGGGUGGUAUGCCCAGGAGUGUUCGUUUGUACCACGGAAGGAUGGAAAGUAUGAAGAUGAUGGCUGGCUCGUUACCUAUGUAUUUGAUGAGUCGCAACUGGAUGAGAAUGGCGAGGCUCCACCUCACUCGCGCAGUGAGCUUUGGGUCAUCGAUGCUGUUGGUAUGAGAGAGGUUGUCUGCCGAGUACUCCUGCCGCAGCGUGUACCAUAUGGGAUGCACGGAAAUUGGUUCUCCGAGGAGCAGAUCUCAGCCUCGGAUCGGUUAUACAGUAAUUCUGGCACUCUUCAAUCCUCCAAGAAGUCGAAUCAAGAUAGAUCUAGCCUGCAAGAUCUACCUGUUGGACUGCAUUGCCGCGCCUAUGAAGUAUACUCUGCUGUUUUCCUUCCUCGGCGUAAUCCUCACCUCAGGGAGGAGCAAGUGAGGUAUUCCCUCAGUGAAGUAGGACACCAUGGAAUCGAUGUCGUCCGGGUCAAUCAUCGUGAUUGGCUUCAUGCCGUUGAGGGGUGGUACUGUCUAUACCCAGAGGAUGAAGCUGAUAGAGUCUCCGCUCAGUCGACACGACGAAGCUCAGUCGUAGCAGAUAUCACUGCUUAUUGUGUACAAAGGUCAACCCCCAACGACGCUUCACCGACGGUGAAGACUCGACCCAGGACUGCAGCAACUACCUGCCAUCCUUUAGUGAGCGUCGGCCUGCUAUAUGAUAAGAGAAUUGAUACCCACGAUCCUGACUACGUUCUGCUCAUAUACCGGGAAUCUAUGUACUAUGCCAGCACUAAGCUAGAUUCUCUGGGAAUAUAG